CCGAGGCCAACGGCCGUGACAGCACACCUUCUUAAAGGGACCUUUCAUCCCCUCUUCUACGCCCCCAAUCGCAUCUUUCCAAGAACGAAUCGUGCUUUGACAGAAGAUACAAUCCAUCGGACGACUCCCCGCUCACACUUUUCUUGCUUGACGAAGAAGAAAAGAAGGCAAGACCUUUAGUUUAGUCAAAGGAGAGCCGACUACUUACCUACGGACACUCCCACCAACCUAGCUAUACUUCGUUGCUCGCCCCCCCUCAUCUAUCAAACUUGUCAGUCCCGUCAUCAAACCUUGACACUUCAACCGUCUACCCGCACUUUCACUACACACACUACGCAACCGCCCACCUAAGCCAAAAAUGUCGUCGUCCGGAGCUCCCCCCGCCGCCCCCGCACCCGAAGACUGCCCCUUCGGCCCCGUAUCCCGGCACAUCACAACCCACGACGCCAACGGCCGUGCCGUCUUCUCCGACGCCUUCCCCGUGCAAGUCACCCCCGACCCGCUGACAAACAUGUACUUCCACACCUGCUACACAACGUCCGAGUCCCCCGUCAAAAUGGACGACGAAAAGGAUCUCGCAGCCUACGCGCCCAACCACCCGCGGAUGCCCUCCCUCCACCUCCCCUCGGGCUCCGUUUUGAGGGUCGUCGAUUUCGGUCCGCAGACGGGGCCGAUGAUGCACCGCACCGAGUCGUGCGACUACGGCAUCGUGCUCAAGGGCGAGGUGGAGUGUUACCUGGACGACGGGGCGAAGCGCAUCCUGAAGGAAGGGGAGAUUAUGAUUCAGAGGGGCACGAUGCACGGGUGGAAGAAUGCGACGGAUCAGUGGGCGCGGGUGAUUUUCUGUCUGCAGCCGGCGGAACCGGUGAGGGUUGCGGGGAAGGUGAUGGAGGAUGAUAUUCCGUUUAUCAAGGUUUCGCCCGAGAGGCAGGCGGAUUAUGAAAAGUUUAUGGCGGAGCAGGCUGCGAAGAAGCAGGCUGAGGGGAAGCUUUGAAGUGUUGUUGGAGGUUGGAGGGGAUCACAGCUUAGGGAUGAGAUGUUGAGAGG